GCAGAGCUACUGUGCAGCGGCUAGCUCAGUGCACCUGUCAUCUGACUUUUUAUAGGAAUACUCCAGUCCUUUACAAUGAAUCCUGCUCUCCCCGAGGAUGUGAAAACCUUGCUGACAGACUUGGAAACCUUUAUAUCAGAUGUUCUAAAGGGGGAGACUUUAUCAAAGAAAGCCAAAGAGAAGAAAGAAGUUCUGAUAAAGAGGUUAAAGGACAUCAAACACAGCCAUUCUCUAGAAUUUCAAGCAGAGACCGAUGAUCUAGAGGAGAAUGAUGGGUUUCCCCUUCCUCCUGAUGCUGUGUCUAUUGCCUCUGAUCGUGAUAAAGAUGAAGAGUUGCCAUAUGAUGGGAGCUUCUAUCCACUUGUUGCAGCACAAGAUCUUGAGUAUUUAAGAGCAGGAUACCUGGAAAAACGCAGGAAAGAUCACAGUUUUUUUGCAUCUGAAUGGCAAAAGCGUUGGUGUGUAUGUACCAAUUCUAUGUUUUACUACUAUGGCAGCGAUAAAGACAAACAGCAGAAAGGUGCAUUUUCUCUUGAUGGAUACAGAGCCAAAAUGAAUGAUACACUAAGGAAGGAUGCAAAGAAAGACUGCUGUUUUGAAAUCUUUGCUCCAGAUAAACGUGUCUAUCAGUUUGCAGCCUCCAGUCCUAAAGAAGCAGAAGAAUGGGUUAAUAUCAUCAUGAAUUCCAGAGGAAAUAUUCCUACUGAGGACGAGGAGCUUUAUGAUGAUGUGAAUCAGGAAGUGGAUGCUUCCCACGAAGAAGAUAUUUAUGAAGAGCUCCCAGAGGAAAGCGAGAAACCUGUGACCGAAAUAGAGACCCCAAAAGCAACUCCGGUGCCUGUGAAUAAUACAUCAGGAAAAGAAAAUACUGAUUAUGCCAAUUUCUACAGAGGCCUAUGGGAUUGCACUGGAGAUCACCCAGAUGAACUUUCAUUUAAACACGGUGAUACGAUCUAUAUUCUCAGCAAGGAGUACAAUACAUAUGGUUGGUGGGUAGGAGAAAUGAAGGGAACCAUUGGCUUGGUGCCUAAAGCGUACAUAAUGGAGAUGUAUGAUAUUUGAGAGGCCUGGAAACCAUCUUAACCCAAAGCACCUGAACAUUAAGAGACGAGACUCGCAAUAUUUCUCCAACAAUUGUGUGAAAUUGCUCUGAAUAUAUUCAAUUGCCAUUAGCAGCAUGAAGUACCGUACUGUUGCAAUAUAUUUACAAUAUAGGUAUAUGAAUAUAAAAAUGAUUGACUUUGUUCUUAAGGUGUUUUGACAUUUAUUCUGUGCCUAUUAAACUUCUAUUGCACCAGCCUGAGAUAUUAUAUAUUCCAAUACCGAAGCCAUUCUUUUUCUUGUUCUCUUGACUGCAUAGAUAUACAUUAGAUGAAAUGUGAAUUUCCUGCAGUCAUGUAUAGAUUCUAGAAUAACCAAAAUAAAUAAGAGCAUUUAACUUUAACAAUUUUAUUACAGGUAUGGGUUCUGUUAUCCAGAAGGCUCGGGACAUGGGGUUUUCUGUAAUUCGGAUCUCCAUACCUUAAGUCUAUACACCAAUUUAUACCCUAUAGGAUUUUUUUUCCUCCAAUAGGACUUAUAGUAUAUAUAUAUAUAUGUAUAUAUUAUAUAUAUAUAAUAGUCCAAGAUACUGUUUUAUUAUUACAGAUAAAAAGGAAUUAUUUUAUUAAAAUGGACUCUAUGGGAGAGAUGGUCAUCCUGUAAUUCUAAGCUUUCUGGAUAGCGGGUUUCAGGAUAACGGAUCCCAUACCUGUAAUAUGUUUAAAAUGCAAAUGUUCAGUGUGUUUUCUUUUUCUUCAGGUCACUUCUAGUUAUAAUUAGAAUUUCUAAUGUCUUUUAUGUCACUUUAUUUAAGAUUGUUUAAAUUAAAAAAAAAGAUGUCUAGUUACAUAAGCCUUUAUUGUUAAUGUGUGUGGCUAUUUAAAAGGAGUGCUUUAAAAAUAAAUGUUGAUAAAGCUU